AGACUCUCUGCCCUCUGGCUCCUUUUGAGUCUUUGCAGCUGCCGCCGCACCCUGGUCCAUUUCAGGUCUACAAUCACCUUCACCUUCACCCUCACCCUCGCCCUCAACCAAUUUUGUGUUUUUGUUCCUCUGCCAUCUUCUCCACGACUCCUCCCUCCCUCGACCGCCUUCGACGCUCGUUAACACACUUCAUCCAUCAGCCAUCGCGCUAUCUUCUCAUGGCAUCAGCUUUGUAAUUUUCACCCGUUUUCUUGCCAACUCGCUUUCACCAAUUUCCCGGGCUACGUUGACCGAGUCCUUCUCGGCCGCCUGAAACCUUCGUCGUCUCCUACCACGACCCUGAGUUGUAGUCUUUCAUUUGGACAUCUCAAUGUCGUCAACACGCUCGUGAACCCUCCUCCGUUCGUCCCUCGUCCCACCGCCGAUAUCCAUCAACCUCGUUUGAAGUCACCGGCGAACAUACACGAGAACAUUGUGUUGGAUCCUUGGAUUUUGGACAACUGCACAACUUUCGUUGCGACGAGACGGAAUUCAUCACCGGUCGUGCCUUCCCUGGAAAGAGCUCCAUUUUUCAUCUCCAUCGAGUCCAUCGGGGCUCCUGCGUAAAAUGGCUCCUUCUCCGCCUCGACUGCGUAUCCUCUCUGUCGGUGGUAAUGCCGUGUCGGCAUUUCUCUCGUGGCGCCUCCAGGCAACAAAUGCCUGCGACGUGACUCUGGUCUGGAAAGCCAAUUACCAGAAUGUCGCGCAGUAUGGUGUCUCUUUCAAAUCACAAAUGUUCGGUAAUGAACGCUUCAAGCCCCGUUAUGUCGUGCAAUCAGCGGAAGAAGCUGCAAGUCAACAAGCAUCCUUCGAUUAUGUCCUCCUUUGCGUUAAAGCUCUCCCCGAUGUCUACAAUCUUGCCGACAUUAUCAGAUCUGUCGUUACCCCUCAACACACCUGCAUUCUCGUCAACACAACCAAUACUCUCGGAGUAGAGAGGCAAUUGGAAGAAGCCUUUCCCACAAAUGUCGUCCUUUCAUUGGUUUCCGGUGCAGACCUGAACCAACUGGGUUCCAGUGAGUUCGAACACAGCGGCUCGACGGAAGUAUGGGUUGGUCCAGCAAGCAAAAACUCGAUUAUACCAGAACAAAUCCAAAGAGACAUGUCAGAGGCUCUGGCAAUGACAUUGACUACUGCUCAGGUCGAUUGCAAAGUGUCUCCUAAUAUCAAACAACAACAAUACGAGAGGAUGAUUGGACCCAUCGCUUUCUACCCUGUCAGUGUCCUCUUCGAAACCGCUUCAUUGCCAGACCUCAUCAGACUACCUGGCGUCCAUGAUCUCAUUCUGAGCGUACUUUCCGAACUCCUCGAACUCGCAACUGCUCAUGGAUGCGAGUUUCCCGCGGACAUCAAGGAAUCAACGAUAUCAAGCAUGAUCGGAUCAAACCCAGAUGCAUCCAUAAUGUAUCAGGAUUUUCUGGCCAGACGACCUAUGGAAGUCGAAACAUACCUAGGCACCCCAGUUCAACUAGCAAAACCUCUCGGCAUCAAGGUACCGCGCAUUGAAACCUUGUACACUAUGCUCCGACACGUCAACACAACAAACCAAAACCGCCCACAAACUGUCGUCUCACCCUCGCCAUCCGUUCCCCCUACCUCACAAGGCAUGCAGCCACCGCCGCGGUCCAUGUCCCUUGCCAACGGCCCGCCUCCUGUCAGACCACAGAAUGGCUCGAUAUCUGGACCACCUCGACCAAUGAGAGGUCCGAACAUGGGACCCCCAGGCAGGCGAGGACCCCCGCCUGCAAAUGGAUUCCGCGGUCCACCCAACAGCUAUCCCUCGCGGGGACCGCCACAGAUGCAGAGACGUCCUUCAUACGAAGAAAAUAAUCUGGACGAGUUCAGUCACGUGGUUCUGUACGAUGAAAUGGGUGAGGGUGACGCUACUAAUUUUGCCGAUAAUGGUGGUCCUCAGGGCCCCUCACUCCGCGAACGGGAAUUAAUGUUGAGGGAGAGAGAGUUGCAAUUGAAGCAACAGGAGAUAGCUAUGAGAGGUCGAGGUCCCCGUCGCCCGGCACAAUUUCGCCCUCAAGAUUUCGAUGACGAUGAUGACGACGACGAUUAUUUCGACCCAAUGCAAGGGCGAGGUCCAUCUAUGCCACCCAUGGACCCUGACAACUUUGAUAUGAUGAGCGUCACUUCACGACGAACGAAAAGGACCAACAGCCACACCCAGCUUCGCAAGGAUGCAUUUGCCAAUGGUGCUGGCAUGCGUCCCGGCGGACCUCCAGGAUACGGUCGGCCAAACAUGAACAUGAUGGGACGGCAUCGCACCAGUGCACAGAUACUCUCAGACAUGCCUGUGCUUGGACAAAAUAUUCUGGACAACCCAAUGAUGGGGUUUUCAUCAAAUCGAUACGGUACCGUUGACAGAAAAGAGAUGGCAGAUGAAUCAAGGGCAAAUUCCCUGACCGCAAGCCGACUGCAAGAAAUGGGUAUUAACGGAGGACCUUAUCCCGGCCCGCCAAGUAGGCGGACGAGCCGGUCUCCUGGAAAUCCAUUUGGCCCUCCCGGCAGAUUCCCGAAUCGACCAUCGCCGCCGAACGAGCCCUAUAUGCCACCUGGCUCGGGUCCCCCCCGCAACGGUCGACCGUCACCGCCACGGGGAAUGCCAGCUCCCGUGGCAAGGUAUCCUCCAGGUCAAGGCAACAUGGUGCAUCCUCAUCAAGUUGAUCAGGCUGGGGUGAGCAAACCACUCCCACCACCCAAACCCCCCGUAAAAAGUCUGACCGGAAGUGCAAGCGCUAGCGCGGGUAGUGGUGACAGCGGCAGCGCCAAUAUUGAAUCGGAUCCCUCCGCACACAGUAGCACAAGCAGCUUCGCACCUCGGCAGAUGCUGAGUACGCACUAAAGCCAAGAUGCCGCCAUGUUUAGCAACACACUCGAGCGACUCUGUGACGCAGGCCGUCCACGCGAUAACUGGCAGAAUCAAGGCUUUGAGUAUACGGUGCCUUGGAUGUUCUCACAGCAUCGCACAUACCUUCGACCACUACAUUGUUUCACAUAUACUUUAAUGAUCAGCUUCUGCAAGACUUCUUUACGACCUCACAGGCCCAAAAGCCCUGUAAUGGCCGUUGCAAUGGCAAAAAGCUUUGGAAUCCAUCUUGGGAUUGGAGACGAAUGACAGGAACUUGGCGAAAAUGACGCUUGCCUCUUCAAGUACAUACAGCAUCUCAAUGCGGAGGGGGGAAAGUCUUGAUACCGCACAUACGGCGCUUUGGACGGUGAUCCUGGAUUGAGUGACCAUGGUCGGGAGGACCAUGCAGAGCGGGGCUGGUCUUGGGCUCUGUUAUUUGCGGGCAACAUCCUGCGAGGAGACGGAUUGUAUUGCAUAUUCGUACUUAGGAGGAGGUGGUAUAUCCUUUGGCUCUACAGUGCACGAAUAUGUAGGGUUGAGGUGAAUAAUAUGACAAGGUCCCGCAGCAAUAGGGCAUGUCGGCGACUACGAAAGACGGCGUUGAAGGAAGAUGGGAUAGUUUGUUCAUGAAAACAACGUUGACGACUGCCCUCCUGCUGAAAAUUGAAAUGAAAUUAAUGACCCUGCGUGACAC